AUAUACUCUUCUCGUUGAAGCGCCAAAAAUGGCUCUCCUAACAUUCUUCCCUUUCUUCUUCCUCUCACUGUAUCUUCUAAAACCAGCGGCAGCCAUCACUUGUUCAACUUCAUGCCCUGCCGGCGGGCCGGAAGUUAAGUUCCCCUUCGGCCUCAACCCUGACGGCAACCCAAAUGGUCCUUGCAGCUAUCCAGGUUUCGGUCUUUCUUGUAGCAACCGAACUCAUGAACUUGUCCUUAAUCUCCCCCAAUCCGGACAAUUCGUCGUUCGAUACAUCGAUUACGAUACCCAACAGAUAUGGAUCAACGACCCUGAUUUCUGCCUCCCUCGACGAUUCUUGCGGUCAUUCAAUAUAUCAGGAACGCCUUUCGACUCUGAAUUCUGGUACACCUUCACGCUCUUCAAUUGCUCUGCUAUCGAAGCUGCUGAGGGGGGGUUAAGGACAAUCCCCUGUCUUAGCAAUCAGAACUAUUCUAUUGUGGCUUCCCAGACAACAUCCUUUUUCGAUUCUACGAAUGUUUUGCAGUCUGCUUGUCGCCCUAUAAGAACUUUUACAAUCCCAUUUGUUUGGUAUGGUUGGUGGGACGGCGUCCGGUUAGAAUGGAACAAUCCCGAUUGUCGGUCAUGCGUUCAACGUCGAGGGGAUUGUCGGUUCAGGAAUAGGACUAGUCUGGAAAUUGAGUGCUUUAAUAUGCCAAGCCAAGGGGGUCUAUCAAGGAGUGCCAAGUAUGGAAUUAUAAUUGGCGUUGGAAUUCCGGGGCUCUUGAGUCUAAUCGGGCUAGUUUCGUUCAUUGGUAGUCGAAUGAGAACGAAUGGACGUCGAGGUAACCUUCCUAGUAUUGAAUUCUCGGCGUCAAUCUCUCCGUCACAGGCUAUUUUAAUAACAGGACUCGACGGGCCAACGAUUGAUUCCUACCCCAAGACUAAACUUGGUGAGAGCGGGCGUCUUCCCAAGCCGAACGAUAAUAUUUGUCCCAUUUGCUUAUCUGAAUAUCAGCCUAAGGAGACAUUAAGGACUAUACCGGACUGUAACCACUACUUCCACUCCCAUUGCGUAGACGAGUGGCUGAAGAUGAAUGCUUCGUGCCCUUUGUGUCGCAAUUCGCCCGGUGGAUCUUCUGAAGUUACCCCAUCUAUAUCUAUAUCUUCAUCGUAAUCUACUCUCUUACCACCAUAGGCAAUUCCAAAUUUAUGUCACUAUAUCAGCUGUUGUGAAUAUAUUAUACCCUUCAAGGAUGUGAGUUUUA